GGGAAUAGAGUAUUAAAAGAAUGACUCACCUUUGAAACAUUGGUCUAAAUAGUAUCUCAUGUCAAAAAUCUUCUUAAAGGUGUUUGGGGGAUGAAACAGCUCUUACCUUUCCCCUGCUGAUCAACAAAGACUUCGCUUUUUGACAGCAGAGGUACUGCCUGCUUCUUGGGAAUAGCUGUCCACCACAGAUAAACAUUACUCUGUGCUCCUGGGUGUGUUCAAUGUGUAAAUAGAUUGUGGGAACACAAGAGGCUGGUUUUUCAAGUUUCUGCUCCAUGAGGGUCAAGCAGCCCAGCGUUCUACAGUUCGUGUGUCUGAAAGAAAAGUGAGCCUAUGACACAUGUUCUCGCCAUCAGAUUGAGGGAGUUUUAAAGGGCAAAACUAUACAGCCAAGUGUUUCCUGGAUUCUGUGCCAGCGGGUCUGAUUCCUGCUCUGCAGCUUCCUGGAUGAGAGUUGAGCAUCAUUAGGGAAACUCGGCUGCCACCAGACUACACAGCACUGCAAAGGCUGUGGAGAUCUUUUUCAGUGAAAACAAUAAUGACUGUUUUGAAAUGUAAUCCCGGGGGAACCCGUUUUCUGUGCAGCCUGAAAGAAUCCCGACCUACCGUCAGCAGCUCUUCGGAGACCUUCUAAGAGCCUCCCGGCAUCAAGCACCUCGAGCAACUGGGUAGUUCAGGGGGACCUUAAGAAUUGUGGACAUCGAUCCACCUGAACAGUUCAACCGCUGCUGCUCAGAGCUGCUGCUGAACUACCAUGUCUAAGAAUUCGGAGUUCAUCAACCUGUCAUUUUUAUUAGAUCACGAGAAGGAAAUGAUCCUGGGAGUCCUCAAGAGAGAUGAAUAUUUGAAAAAAGUAGAGGACAAGAGAAUAAGGAAGCUGAAAAAUGAACUCUUGGAAGCAAAACGUAGAAGUGGGAAGAUUCAACAGGAGACCAGCAGAGUCUGUGCUCACUGUCAGAGAAACCUGGGUUUAAUAUUCGACCGAGGAGACCCGUGCCCAGCCUGCUCACUGAGAGUGUGUGCCCAGUGCCGGGUCUCCAGCCUUGAUGGCAGCUGGAGGUGCAUCAUCUGUGCCAAAGUCGCGCAGCUAAGGACUGUAACUGGCGAAUGGUUUUUUGAAGAAAAAGCAAAGCGUUUCAAGCAAGUCAAUGUCCUGGGCACUGAUGUUGUCCGACAGUCCAUCUUAAGACGAAGUCCGGGAGCUGAAGAAACACAAAGCCAAGAGCAAACGCGCCAGAAGGCAGAAAAGUCCGACACUUCGCCUUCUGCUGGGCACAAGACCAGCCACGACGGACCCAGGAAAAGAGGAUUUCUUCUUAGCAAGUUCAGAUCAGCAACCAGAGGCGAAAUCAUAACGCCAAAAGCUGAAAGUGGGCGGAGCUACAGCUUGGACCUAGACAGCCAAAAUUUUCGGAGUUUAAGGUCAGCCCCCGGUUCAGACAGGGGAAGCACCGGUUCAUCAGAUCUCAACGAGCAGGAAGCUGCUUCCGGAACUCCAAAGAGCAUCCGGAGCAACGGUGUGACCCCAGUCAGUCAGAGGUCACCAGCCCCAAGCACACGCAGCGCGACCUCAGGGAGCAGUAGAAAGGAACAUGGUUUUGAAAAUUCCAUGGAUUUGGCUGCCACUGAAAGCACCUCUGAGGACCUCCCAAAGCGUCAUCGCCGAAAAACUUCCGGCACACCUUCCAUAGCAGUAUCCAGAGCCUCCCUCUCGUCAGACCGGAGUCAGUCCGAGUUAGAUUUGAGUGGAUCAUUUACAGAGGACUUAGAGGAUCCUGUGAACAUCAGAAGCAAGUCUGUCUCUGGGGCUUUAGACAAAGACUUGGACUCCUUGGAAGAGACAGAAGAAGUCAUUGAUGAUUUAGUGUCCUCUCGGUUUUCUGCAAACACCCACAGUCUAGCCAGUGGCCUGUCAACCAAUUCUCCAGCAGGCUCUGACAGGAAGUGGACCUACCUAAGUGUGCCUGACGCUGACUCAGACACUACCAGCCUUAACAGCAUGAUGAGUGUUUACAGUGAAACCGGAGACUAUGGCAACGUGAAGGUCAGUGGGGAAAUCCUUCUCCACAUCAGCUACUGCUACAAAACUGGCGGGCUCUACAUUUUUGUCAAGAAUUGCAGAAAUCUGGCCAUAGGAGAUGAAAAGAAACAGAGGACAGAUGCUUAUGUCAAGUCAUACCUUCUUCCUGACAAGUCCAGAAAUAAUAAGCGCAAGACCAAAAUCAGAACAGGCACCAAUCCGGAAUUCAAUGAAACCCUAAAGUACACCAUCAGCCACACCCAGCUGGAAACGAGGACUCUGCAGCUCUCAGUCUGGCAUCACGAUCGAUUUGGACGGAACAGCUUCCUUGGGGAGGUGGAGAUUCCUUUUGACUCAUGGAACUUUGAAAAUCCCAGUGAUGAGUGGUUUGUGCUUCAGCCCAAGGUGGAAUAUGCUGCUGAUACUGGCCUUCAGUACAAAGGGGAGCUGACAGUUGUUCUACGUUACAUUCCGCCAGAGGAGAACAUGGCACUUCCACUAGAACAACUUCAAGGAAAGAAGACCUUUAAACGAGGAAAGAAGAAGGAUGCGCCCAUCAGCUCUGGAGGAAUACUAGAAGUGUUUGUCAAAGAGGCCAAGAAUUUGACAGCGGUGAAGUCAGGAGGCACUUCCGAUAGCUUUGUGAAGGGCUACUUGCUCCCUGAUGAUAACAAAGCCACCAAGCACAAAACUCUGGUGAUAAAAAAGAGUGUUAACCCCCAGUGGAAUCACACUUUCAUGUUCAGUGGCCUGCAUCCCCAGGAUAUAAAGGAUGUUUGCCUAGAACUCACCGUCUGGGACAAGGAGGCCUUUUCCAGCAACAUCUUUCUGGGAGGAGUUCGUUUGAAUUCCGGAAGUGGUGUGAGCCGUGGGAAGAGCGCUGAUUGGAUGGACGCUCAGGGGGAGGAGCAACGCCUCUGGCAGAAGAUGGCGGACAAUCCUGGGACUGCCGUGGAGGGUGUGCUCAUGCUCCGUGCCAGCAUGGGGAAGAGGAAGCUCUGAAGGUACCAGUUCUCCAAAAGGAGGCCUCCAGGGAUUGUCUGGUUGUCAUUUCCUCCCAUUAGCCAGCUUGGGACGUGGAGUCUGCUUCUCUGCCGUUUCUCACCUGUGGGUACUGGGACAUGAGGGGAGAGAUGUCACUGCUGUGAACAUUUAGGGUCUUGCCAAGUCUUAAAAAGUAUGUACCUCUCUUUGUCAUCGGGCCAGUGAUUUUUGUUGUGGUUGUUGUGUUUUGGCCAUGGCCGUGGGGUGUGGAAGUUCUCCGGCCAGGAAUCGAGCCCACACCAGGGUGGUGAUAACACCUGAUCCUUAACGGCUAGGCCACCAGUGAACUCUGGCCAAGGCUUUUUUGAUUGGAUGAUAGUGUUACCACACUGUCCUAUCACCAAGCAAUCUGUCCAAUGAUUCAUAGGCUUUGUACCAUAGGAGAAAUGGCACGUGCUUAUUUGAAACUACUGUUGAGAUUGGGGGGUCCCCAAACUUUUUCUAAUUAUGAGUUAUUUUAGGUUUUCUCCAGGUUUGAGGGCAAAGGGGAGCCGCUUGGCAUGUAGACCACUUGAAGGGUAAGAAGAAGGGAUACUGGCUACCCUUUCCUCGCCCUGGAAAUUCCCAUAAUCCAAAGACAGCAUUGUGAGCAUGGUUGCUGGGGCAGGGGGGUGGCCCUGUUCUUGCAGAAAACUUGGGGAUUGACUGGAUUUCAGGUUUUCACAAUGAACUGACAGGUUUUUCUGUGGUGACUAUGUAAUCGAUAAUCUAAAUCAUCCCACUUUGGGGAGUGAAGAGGGCUGAGCCAUUGCCCCAGAACAACAGGUAUGAACCUUGACUGACCUGGGAAAAUUGGGAUGUAGGGUCCCCCUAGUCAGGAUCUAACUAUGAGAGAGCCCUGUUGUAAACGUUUACUUUAUAAAAUGUUCUAAGCUGUCAACGAAAAGGGAGUAAGAAAUAAUCCACCUUUGGAGCCCCUGUCAUAUCCCAUUGCUCAAAGGUAUGCCAUGGGCACAGCCAAAAAAAAAAAAAAAAAAAAAAACAGCCCAGAAAACAAAAAGCAUUAGAUCAUCACUACUUCCUCUAUUGGAGAAACAAAUUGUCUUCAGCUUUGGUGUGAUUUGGUAUGUCUUCAAUGACGUUUUUAGGGGAGAUGAGAGGGUGAUGAUGGUGAAGCCUGGAGACAUCUCUAGAGGAGACAAAAUGCAGUAGAUGUAUCCACUAAUAAUAAAAGUGGCAAAAUCAAUCAAUUCCAAAAUGUAUGACUUGAACUCAAGACCAGCAUGAACUUUAUGUAUCAAGACCUUUGCCACAUUUAGAGCAAUGCUUCGUAUCAUGAUUUCAUAAAAUCCAGCAUCUACCUGGGUAUUUCCACAAUGCAGGAAGGACCCAGACAGGUAGAAGUCUGUUAGAAACCUGCUGGUGUGGCUCUCAGAAAUAUAGUCAGUGGAUCUUUUGGUUACUCUUUUUUACUAGAAGUACAAAGAAUAUUUUUAAUAUAGGUGAUACAUGUAGAUGGCGCAAAAUUUGAGUCACUCCAAAAAUUGUGAAAAGUAAAUCUGACCCGUCCUCUUCCAUAUCAGAAUAUAUUGACAGACCCAUUUUUUUUUUUUUUUUGUGGCUACAGGGUAUUACAUUACAGGGAUAGUUUGUAUUUAUUUAACUAGUCCUACCAUUCAUCAUCCAGGUCUUAAAUAUUAGCCUGCUCAGGGAAACCUCCUGAUCUCCCUCUUCCUGACGAGGUCGCAGCAGCCUGCCUCUAUUUCCCCUUCAGUACGUAGAUCACAAUUAUAUUAUUCAUGUAUUGAGUUCCUUAAUGCCUGUGUCAGUUAACCCUCACCACCGCAUCCCUAGAAUGUAAGCUUCAUAAAGAGCAGAGACGCUAUUUCGGUGGUUCCACAGCUAUAUUCUUCGUGCUUAGUGGGUAAUUUGAAAAAUAUGUGUGGUAAGUGAAAAUGAAAACAAAAAUGUAACAUCAGAGAAUGUUAGACCAGUAGGCAUCUUUUGAAACCGCUGUUUCUAACUUCUAGUUAACAGAUGAGAAAACUGGGAUGCAGAUAGAUCAAGAAAAAUCUCCGAAUGGAGGUGGCUUAGUAAUAACGCACCCAACUAGUAUCCAGGAGGACACAGGUUCCAUCCCCGGCCUCGCUUAGUGGGUUGAGGAUCCUGCGUUGCCAUGAGCUGUGGUGUAGGUCGCGGACACAGCUUGGAUCCACAGUUGCUGUGGCUGUGGUGUAGGCCGGCAGCUAUAGCUCCGAUUCCCCUAGCCUGGGAACCUCCAUAUGCUGUGGGUGUGGCCCUAUAAAGACAGAGAAAAAGAAAGAAAGAAAAAUCUCUGAAUAUGAUCAUUGAUGGGUCUUUUAAAAGCAGCCUUUCUACCAGUGCUUUAGUUACAACCCUAGACAGCUCAUUCCAGCCUCUCCUGGCGUAGAUAAAAGCACAGAGUAUGUGUGCUCUCCAGCCUAGCAUCUCAGCAUCUCAGAAGGAGAGAACACAGCCUUGCCUGGAGAACCUCACUCCUUGUUUGGAGCAGCCUUCGAUUUUCCCUCAGUCAAAUUAAAUUGUAAAGGGACACCUUAAUCUGUUUAGUUUGUAAAUAGCACCUGCAGAAUACAUGGAAGAUGUGGUGUAUCAGUUCUCAUUUUGCUUAUGUUGUUACUGUCACUGGAGUCAUCAGGAUGUAGAUUUUCAUGGUCACAAAAGCACCACCAACAAAGAUAUUUCGAUGGGAUUUUUUUAUUCUUGGCCUCCCUUUCCUUAAGAGACUUAGACAAAUAUAUGAUCCAUCAUCAUUAAAUACUUAACUAAAGGAUGAAUUAAGCCUGCCUGAUUCGCAGUAAUAUUAGCCUCAUCAUCACCUGCUACCACAAGGCUUAUGUUAGGCAGGGGAGGAGAAAGCUGUGGGGAAAAGAAAGGGCAAACCCCACUUUUAGAAGCAAAGUUGAUGAAGAUGUCAAGUCCCCAAAGCACCUCAGAGUGAAAUACUAUGGCAUUUGGGCUGUGAUCAGUGUUUGUUUUUUCUUCCAUGUAGAUAUUGUCACAUUAAACUGAGCAUUGCCUUUAGAAGUUGGCAGAAGGGCUUUCCUCCCACAAUGUUAUCCUUUAUGGCCUCUGAAAUUAAAGAAAACAAAUACAGUGAGGCAGUUUGUAAAGGCAAAACCAUAACAAAAGUUGGAUCUGGCAAGUUCUGAGCAAGAGCCAUGGAAAUUGGGCCACAUCGAGGAUUCCAAAGGAUUUUCUGAAUCAUCUGGGGUGUAAAUUUAAUACAUUGAUUCCAGAGCAUGGCUCCAAACCUACUGAACAAAAUCUCUAGAAGACUCUAAUAUUUUUAUCAAGCUUCUUGGGUGAUUCUAACACAAGGAGAUCACAGUUUGAGAAAACAUUUCAUUAGGGGACAAAUUAACUUGACUAUAUUAUUUGGACCAAAUCUGCAUCUUGAUGACAGAUUGGAUCGCUAACUUGGACAUUACUGAUUGCAAGGUAACCAUGGUGAGGUAGAAGGAAUCUAAACGUGAACUCAGAUUGACCUUAGUUCACGUCUUGCCUUGACUACUUACCAACCAUGUGACCUCAGUCAAGUUUAGCCAGUCUAGGCCUUGAUCUAUUCACCUAUAAAGUAGGGAUAAUUGGGCUGUCUUGGAGUAAUUGGCGAUAUUCCACGUGGCCAUAUGUAUAAAUAUGCUUUGUAAAUUUUACCCCACCAUGGGGAGAAAAAAAAGUCAGUAUUAGUGAGUUAGUGAGAGAAAUCUGUGGUUCAUAAUCUCUUAGGCCCUCCUUUCCCUGAGUGCUUGGUUAGGUCUUAAUCUUUCUGUGUACAAUGAAGUGGUCUCCAGUGUACAACAACAAUACCUAAAACACCUUACUUUUCUCUGUCACCCAUUAUGGAUGAUAGUUACUUAUUUUUAGGCUGAAAUUUCCUACUUCAUCUGAUUAGAUAGGACAUGUUGCAAAAGUGUUUAAUUUGAGAGAGAGGGAAAUGUGUUUUUUCUUGAAAGGUUGUGGAACCAAAGCAUCUUUCCACCCUUUUCCUUAACAUCUUUGUUCAGUGUAAUGAUCCUUUCUUUCCACGGCCCCUUGCCUGUCACUUAGGUCAGAGAGCUCAAACCUGCCUUCCUCACAGGGAUUUUAUUUAGAGUUAUGCUUUUCAUCUACAGGGGGAAAUUUACCAUUCUGCCAAAACAAACUCCAUAGAAAUUCAAACUAAUGUUGUCAUUAUGAGGAAUGCCUGGUAUUUCGAAGAUUGGCAAUGAUGGUACCUGGAACCUCAUUUACCACAUUAGAAUUUAUUAAAGUGUUCCAGCAGAGGGUUCCUUUCAUACUGGGAAAAAGGACUUAGAAUAUAUAGUUGGUAUUACCAAUAAGUGAUAUGUCAUCCAGGGUAGUCAAUCAGAUUUUUCUCUCCAGUAUUUCAGCACAGGAGGAUAACUGUCUCGAAUAUAUUUUCCCUUUUCUCUAUUGAGGUGGAAAUUGAUACAACAAGCAAGUAAAAAGAUUUCAUUAUAAUAGUUAAAGCAAAACUUUACAUUAUUGGCAUUUGCUGAGGGAGAAAAUGUCUCUUAAUAGAAGGGCAGAGAACUAGAUAUUUAUUUGAAUCAAAAUAUUUGAUUUUUAUCUCUUUAUUGGUAGAUGUGCUUACUUUGGGAAGGAAUCUGAUUGCUCCUUCCAAGCAUUUUUUUUCUUACUUAGCCAAAGUUUCAUUUGGUUUUCAAAGUUGAAUCUUGUUUGUGCAAAUCCAUGGGAAUCGAUGAGUCCUGACAGUAAAACUUGUAAAAUCUUUGACAUUUGGAAACAAGGAAGGGAGUCAUUCCAUUAAAAACAGUUUAGGUCGAUCAUUUAUGUUUGAGCUGUAGUUAGAAUGAUUGAGUGUUGGGAAUUUAUUUUUGUUUCCAUCCUUUCUACUGUUCAUCAUUCAUAAAUGGACAUUUUUGAAGAGAGAUCUUUGGCUUUUGCUUGACGUGGAGAAAUAAAUGUCGAGACUUUCCUGCAUCUUCUUGCCUUUGACCUUCCUCACUACCUGCAAUUAAGUUGUCCUCCUUAAUGCCUAAAUAUCUUCUUACAUUGUCCCUCUGAUGGAUGGGGUGUAGCCCAGACCCCGAGAUGUCUUGAAUGCUUUUUUUCCACGUAGGCGAAUGGGAAUGCUAUUAUUAAUUUUCAGCUUUUUCCUGUCACCUCCAAUCCCAGCUCUGUUAGCCUCAUUUGUUUGCAAAGUAUCUGAAUGCACAGAGCCAGGUUGGGAGAGAGGGGGCUGCCCCCGGCUGCUUCCCAGGGUGUCAAAUUAUAAGGGGUAUUAAACAUCCCUGAAAAGGUAAUGAGGCGGAGAAUUCCUUUUGGGAAGAGUAUGGUAUUAGCAGGACGGAAUAAUGUCUGCUUGAGUAGACAAGUGAGGAGGGGAUCCCAUGCCUGAAGAGCAAUUCGUGGUUGAUGAGACAGGUCUGGUUAGAGACAGGGCUCCUCUUUGCUGAAUGGAGUCUCUACCUUGCGCCAGGUAUGAGUUGCUAAGGACCUAGGGAGGAGAGUCUUUGUCGCCACUGGAGAGUUCCCGCCAUUGGAGAUUUCCUUUCUUCCAUCCACCAGGCAGGAGUCCUCUAAAUAAAGGUUAUUUGUGUAUUUAAAGAGCCUCUGAGAGGGGUAUCACAUCAUCAGGGCAAGAACUGGCCCAACUCUGAAUGCAUUAGGUCCCCAUACCUGGAUUGAGUGUAGCUGUCACAAGUAGGCUGUUUUUCUCUGUUCCUAAAGAUGCAUUCCAGUGGUGAGUGGGCCAGAGAGAGCAGACACAAUAUCCUAAAAACAGCUAAGGAUCACCAGGACACUGAGACAUUGGAAUAGCAUCUCCCUUUGGGAAGAAGUAAAAGUGGCAAUUUUUCAAACUCUGCCAAGGUCUGGGUCAUCUACAUGCAUGUUCAUUUCUGCUUUGUCCCUGGCACCCACCUCUUGGGCAGCCAGUUUCCUCUCCUAAACUCCUGCUCUGAUACGACGUUGAUCUGUUUUCAAAUUAACUAGUCUUUGGACUAAAAUUAGAGCAGUAGUAGGUUGACAGAAAAGUGAAGCAGGAAGUACAAAGUUCCCAUGUCCUACCACUCCCCUCCGUCACAUGUUUCUCUGGUAAUUAACAUCUUUUACUGGUAUGAUACAAUUAUUACAAUUGAUUAACUGAUAUUGGUACAUUAUUAUUAAUUAAAGUCAAUAGUUUAUAUUAGGGUUCAUUCUUGGUAUCUUACAGUUGUCGUAUGACUUUUAACAAAAUAUACAUAAAUAUCCUGUAUCCGUAAUUACAUUAUCAUACACAAUCAUUUUGCUGCCCUAAAAAUUCCCUUUGCUCCAACCUCUAGCAACCACUGAUCUUUUCACUGUCUCUGUAGUUUUGCCUUUUCUAAGCAUGUCCUAUAUUUGGAAUCAUACGGUACAUAGCCUUUUCCAAGUUGCUUUUUCACUUAGCGAUAUGCGUUAAGGUUCCUCUGUAUCUUUUUGUGGCUUGAUAACACAGUUAUUUCUUUUCCCAGUGUGGUGAGGAUACUUAACAUGAGAUCUACCCUCUUAACAAAUUUUUAAGUGCACGAUACUGUAUCAUUUUAUUUUUUUGGGGGGUGGGGUGGGGGAAGAGGAUGGAAGAUCUAAGAAACGAUAAUAUUUUUUUUAAAUUCCCCAGAAAUGAUGGGAGGUCGGCAUUCAUUUUGCUAGUUUUCUUGGUUUUCUUGUUGGCUGCAAAUGACUGUUCCUAUGUACUUGUUUUGCCAUGUGUAGUGCAAAAUUAGUAGCAAUACUUAACCGCUUAACAUGCUUACUUCUAAGCUUCUCUAUGGAAUAUGUACCCCAGACCGAAGUUUUGUGCCACCCUGUACUUGCUACAAAGUGUAAUAUCUUUUUCAUUAAAUUCACUUUCCAUGUA